AUUGAUGGAUUGUAUUUUGAGUGUUUCAGUCAGUCAGUAUGGGUAAGUUAGCAGUUCUCUCGUUAGUUGCUGUUGCUCUGGCAGUAUUCAUCGGAGAAAGAAUCGGCUCAUUUAGACAUUUAAUGCUUUCCUACAGAGAACUAACCAAGAAUUACCUUUCGAACUGCCAACUAAUUACGGGCGUUGAGUUUGGGGCUGAGGACAUCACCAUUCUUGAAGAUGGAUUGGCUUUUCUGAGCACUGGCUUGAAGUAUCCUGGUGUACCAUACUACUCAGAAGACCCUGGAAAGAUCUAUACCCUGAAUCUGUUGGAUUUUAAACCCAAAAUCGAAUCACUGAGCAUCAAAGGAGACUUUGACAAAGACUCUUUUAAUCCACAUGGAAUCAGCGUGUACAUCGAUGACAAAGAUGGUGCAAUAUACCUAUUUGUUGUUAAUCAUCCUCAAGGCAAAAGUCAAGUGGAGAUUUUCAGAUUUGUCAAUCAUGAAAAUGCCCUUAAACACAUCAAAACCAUUAAGCAUGAACUACUGCAUAGUGUGAAUGAUAUAGUGGCUGUGGGAACUGAAAGCUUUUAUGCCACCAAUGAUCAUUACUUCACCAAUGACAUUCUGAAGUCUUUGGAGCUGCUUUUUUCUUUGCCGUGGUGUGAUGUGGUUUAUUACAGUCCUGAGACUGUGCAGGUUGUGGCAGGAGGAUUCUUAUUUGCUAACGGUAUAAACAUCUCUCCUAACAAAAGGCAUCUGUAUGUGUCAAAUUUAAUGAAACACAAAAUUACAGUAUUGGAAAUACAGAAAACCACUGAACUGUCUCACGUAAAGGAAGUUGAUGUGGGAUCACUCUGUGAUAACAUUGAGGUGGAUCGUGAGUCUGGAGAUUUGUGGCUGGGUUGUCAUCCAAACGGUUAUAAAUUGUUUUUUUCUGAUCCAAAUGAUCCGGCUGGCUCUGAGGUAAUCAAGAUUGAGAACAUCCUCUCUGAAAAGCCUAGAGUGACUCAGGUGUAUUCAGAUGACGGAAGUGUGAUCAUCGGCUCAUCAGUGGCAGCUCCAUAUAGAGGAAAACUGCUCAUCGGAACAGUUUAUCAGAAAGCUCUCAUCUGUGACCUUAAAUAGUGAUACUUACAAAUGAACAUUAAUAAUAAAAAUUCUUUGAAAGAA